AUGGCUAACCUACCAAACAAAUUUCGGGGAAUAGUCAGCGGUCAGCGGAAGCGGUACAAAGAGGAUGGCUUCAAUCUGGAUCUUUCCUAUAUUAAGGACAACAUCAUUGCCAUGGGCUUCCCGGCUGAAAACGUGGAGGCCAUCUACCGCAACAAUCGCGAGGACGUGCUGAAGCUGCUCACCGAGAAGCACGGAAACAAGUACAAGGUGUACAAUUUGUGCUCGGAGCGCACCUACGGAGCGACACUCUUCCCGCACUAUGCCGAAUAUCCGUUCAAGGAUCACAAUCCGCCCGACAUCGAGCUAAUCAUAAAGUUCUGCGAAGACGUGCACAAUUAUCUGUGUGCCGACAGUUCACAUGUAGUGGCGAUCCACUGCAAGGCUGGCAAAGGUCGCACGGGAACUAUGAUUUGUUGCUAUCUGCUGUACAGUAACGCUUUCCAGACGGCCAACGAAGCACUGACGUACUAUGCGGAGAAACGCACAAAGGACAAGAAAGGGGUUACUAUCCCUUCGCAACGCCGGUAUGUGGAGUACUAUGAGCAGCUGCUGCGCAACAGGUUAACGUACCACGACGUUACCCUCUACAUUCUCGAAGUGCGCAUCAGCCCUGUCGAUGUGUCGAUCAGGUCGGGUUCGAUCAAGAUGAAGGGUGCCACAGAAUCGGUUCCGUUGCAAGAGUUCCAGCGUACUGGAGACUACUCGACCGUAGUGCUCGAUCGCUGUAUGCCGCUUACCGGGGACGUGAAGGUCGAGCUUUGUCGCUCAAAGCUGCAAGAGAAGCGCAUGCACUUUUGGUUCAACACAUUUUUUGUUAUGCGAGCUGCCAUUUAUGAUUCCCAAGAACGGUUGGUUUUGACGCUGGAUCGAAUGGAGAUUGACGAUGCCCACAAAGGUAACACCAAAAAGUGCCCCGAACAGGUGCAAGUUUUUCUGAAACCUGUACCACCGAGCGGUAGAUAUUCUGAAAACUUGGAAGCCAACCGUAUGCUGCCUGCGUUGCCCCAACAACCAAUGAUCGAUAGUAAUCCGACAUAUGCAACACCCAACAACAUCGCGCAUCUAGAUUACCAGCAGCAGCAACAGCAGAAACAUCACAUGGGUUUGAUGAAAUCAACCAAUCACAACCAAUCGCUGAUUCCCAACGCCAACUACAGCGAAGGGCAACAACACCAUCGCACUGCGAACAACAACCGUACGUCCUUAGGUAAUAGCCAGCAGAACAGUGGCAUUUACUGCAACAUCAACCUCAACCCCACGGGCCUGGGGGAUGCGAUCCAGCAGCAGCAGCAGCAGCAGCAACACGGAGCUGCAGCAGCCUCAUCGCAACAGCAGCCACAGCUAAGGUACCAUUCCGCAGGCUCAUCAGAGGAAAACUCCGGCACCGAUUCCGUCGGAGACGAAGAAGGAUGGGAAUCCGGUGAGUGUCAAACAGUAGUGUCGCAAACCAUGUGUAAAUCAAAAACAACAGCUACAACCUCAGCAACAACCGCGAAUACAGCAACAGCUACGUCUAUCGGCCCCACUGAAACGACAGCAACCCCCAGUACAACAAAACCUCAUACCACCCAACCUAACCAAACCAGUAGUAAUAAUUGCGUUGCUCGUUCACCACCCCCAGCAGCGCCAGAGUCAGUUGCGGCAACAAUACGCGCAACAUCAGUAGCCGAAGCCACCAAAACCUGCAUCUCUCCUUCCCCUUCCAAUCGACGUUGCAUUAGCGACGACGAAAACUACCUCUUAUGGUUGUAUAGUAGUGCUUCUGCUCUCAUCAGUAAAAGUAGUAUAAGUAGUACAGAUCCGCCGCUCGCCUUUGAGCACGAUCAGCUGAGUAGCAAACAUAAUCCCCCGAUCAGUAAUCAGGCUCUUAACCUAACUUCCUGUAACUUACCGCCGGGCGUAAGUCAAAACCAGGGGCAGGAGCAACAACAAUGGCAACCUCGCCAAGAUUCUAACGAUGUCCCUGCAUUGCAGGGGGGGGACUCGCUUGCAGUCAUGUUGUACGAUGAACGAUCACUACCUUUCGGGUAUGGCGGUGCUAGUGGUUUCUUGGACCACAGGUUGCAAGAAUCUCAAUCGUUGCGUGAUGCUGGUGUAAUGCCACUACCAACAUCGUCGAAAGUGGUGACGAAGUCCAGGGCGGGGACACAUGUGCCAGGGUUUGGGAAAAGUGACGAACCUACUGAGGGUGUUGCUUAUUGUCGUGCGAAAGAUAGUACCGCAGAAGGGGUCGCGAAUGCUACAACGGAUACUGAGAGAAUAGGUAUCUGUGAUGUUGAUACUGGCAGUGGCGGUGGUAGUGGAGAUGGUAAGAGCAAGCUGGCAUCAACGUCCCCAUUCCGGCGGUUUGGUAUGGCAAUGAAGCGGAAGAAGAAGCGUUCACUAAAGCUGAAGCACGCCACUUCCGGCAGUAAUGGUGGCAUUGGAGGCAACGCGCUGUAUGGAUCUUGCGCAAGUAAUCUCUCUGGUGUUUCCAUUGGCAAUGGCUCAGUGAAAGGUGUCGGUGGUGUUGCAGGAGCGGCUUCAACCGGAAAUAACAGUCGGAUGAAGCUGAAAUUCCGCUGGCUACUCAAUAUGCGUAGCGAUCCCCACCUCAAGGAAACACUAGCGAAAAGCGUACAAUUACGACCAACGAAUGCUGUACCAAUGGCGACAACUCCAGUGACUGUUAGUGCUGAGGACACUAAAGGUGCCGCAUCUUCCAGCAGUGUGGCGAUUCCACGAAGCCCCACGGUGUCGGUGAAGGUACCCAUCCCUAACAGCGAGGAUGCUGUUCUCGACAGGGAUAAGGUAGCCGCCUGUGGUAAUAUUCCUACCGAUUACUACUCAUUUAUCUGUGAUAACCAGCUCAGUUACGAAUCACCCAGCAAAAGUCCGGGCCAUUUGAUGCGGUUGGAGUUGGCGCUCGCCCGCCGCCCGUCCACGAUCGAGGAGGUCCUGCUGAAUCCUUCUGGGUCAUCAUCGCCUCCCCCAAGCUCGCCGGUAGCGAUCGCCGUCUCUAGCACCGACACCUGCAGCGUGGUCAAACCAAAGGCGUCGAACGUGAAGAUUGGCUUCAACGUCAGUCCAGCGCCACUCUCGCCAGCACCGGAAGCUGCCGAAGAUCUAACGAGUUCGAUUGAAAGCUCUUUUGAAAUUAUCGACAAAAAUGACGCUCUGAUGGUACCGUCGGUCGGAAGUAGUCCUCCCAUAGCCGGUAACACUGGAGAAACCAGUAGCGGUGGGCAACGAUUUUGCAACAAACUGUUGCAACACCUUGUUACUUCGGUGAGCAGUGGGCUAAAGACAGAGACGCUGACUCCGCUUGAGUCACCCGUGAAGGAUGUAGACAGACAGCCUCACCAACCUACCGAGGUUCGUCGCUCGUGUCCCUCAGCAUCAUCGGCGAUGGUGAUGACAACUCAUCCUUUAACAUCUCGCCAGUCUGCGCCAAACAUCGGAGGAAGCCCUAUUCUUACGCGCAACAACCGUUGUGCACCGUUCUCUUUUCGCGAGCUUAGAGCAGAGUUGCGGGCCGCCAUGAAAAUACCGAAGUACCAACACCACCAGCGUACUCAAGGGACUGCAGGAUCAUCAUCCUCUAGUUCGUCUUCGUCGUCAAAUAUCAUUGGAGGUGGAGCCGUCGCUACCACUUUGCGAUCAAUUGAACGCACUCUGAGCGCGCCUGUUGCAGUACAAACACUCGCUUCCGGUGUCACCGGAAACGAAAAUAUCAGCCCUAGCCUUACCAGCGCUCCCUGUACCACCACCACAAGUACCACCAACGUUGUCAAUGCAGCGACUCCUUCUGCUGGUACUUCCAGGCUACUUAAUCGAUCGUUUUCUGAUCAGCAAAUCAUCGGUAACACUUCGUCGAGGUCAACUUCCUUCUUCACCAACCUAAAGCUGUGUAGGAAGAUCAAGCAGAUUUUUCCCAACUUCACCCCGGGCAGGCCGGAGUUGAUGGCUUCCACCUCGAUGGCAACUGGCUUGCAGGCUAGUGGCCUGCAGGACGAUCAACGACGGCAAUCGAUGAUGCAAGUGUGCAGUUCCUUUCUUCGCCGAUCCCUGUCCAGCACUGCGGGCAGCAUUCGGUCGAAGUUGCAGUCUGUCAAGUCAUCCUCGGCUUCGUACGACUUUCAAACGUCGAGCGUCAGCUCGGCAUCAUCGCAAUCGGUGUGCCGUGAUCAGCAGUCUAUCGGAGAAAUUACUUCGUCAGAGGAAAUGCUGCUGCCGCAGUCGUGUGUCGUCGGUGGAACAGCCGAGAACACAUAUGACAGCGCUUUGACAACGAGCUCGCCAUCCCACAAUGAACAGGAAUCCCAGGCGACCUUCGAUGAGCAGCAGCUGGUGGCGAAGAUAUCUUCCUUGAACGAGCAGCAGCUGCAGCGGACGCUUGGAGAUGAGUUAGAUAGCACCCUGUCACAGCGCUCCGUCGUUCCGGAUAGCGGAAAUGAGACACCAACUGAGCGCGUCCAGAAUCAUGCACAUUCUGCAGUGCAGCACGAUCAAUUGAUCACUCAAUUGGGGGAAAAGUUCAAGGAGUUUUGA